UCCAUUUAUUAAUCCAAUUUAUCUUCCCCCACAAGCUUCCUUCAUUAGUUUUAAUGGAGUAAACAAUCUCACAAAUUCCCAAACUCAUAAACCCUAAUUUUUCAAUUCCUCCCAAAAUCUCAACAGACCCAAAAACCCAAACCCUAAAAUGUCCUUCAAACUCCAUCUUUUAUCACCAAUUACCAUAUCACAACCACGAAAAUUCCAAACCCUAACCCUAACCCUAACCCAUCUCAAAACCCAAACCCGAUGCAAAAAACCCAACAAAAUCACCGACUCCGAUCUCGCGUCAGAUUUCGCUACAGAAGUGGCCAAAUUAAACACCCAAAUACUCCAAAGAGAAGAAGCAAUGAAGAAGAGCAAAGAACUACUGUUCACCGAGCUGACCCAUUAUUUAGAUUUGGAUGAAGAUGAACUGAAAAUUAAGUGGAGCAAAUUGGACCCGGAUGAGAAAUGGGUCCUGGUUAAACGGUUUGUUGAUGAAUGGGGCGUUAAUUUUCAUCCGUUGUCGGCUAAAUCUGUAAGAGAAAUGAUCGAGGAGUAUUUAAUUGAAGAAAAAAAAAGUUUGAAUGGUUCUGAAAUUUUUCCUGGUUUGAAGAGGUUAAUGGGGUUUUCUGAAAAUAAAUGAAUUUUGUUUUAGCAUAUGUUAUGAAUUUAUGAUGUAGGUCCAUAAUGUAAUUGAAAUUAUGUAUGUCAUUUCAUCAUUUUAUUUUAUGCAAGUAUUUUCAGCUA